GGCAGACUCUCUGCCCGCCGUCAGUCGCAGUGACCGACACAACGGUGACAAAAAGAAGGCAAGGAUGGUUGCGUUCCCUCUUGAAUCGUUUGCCAGCGUGAGCUGUCGCCGCCAACACGUCAAGGCCAUCGUUGCACAUCCAGGAGGUGACCUCUUGGCUGUGUACAACCAUGGUGUCCUCCGCAUAUCGGCCGACAAUGAGGCCACCCCUCUUGCUGGCGGUGACAGGCCUGGCUCGGCAGGUCGGUGAGGGGCAGUCUGGGAGGGAAGGAGGGAGGGAGGGACCCGAACGGGAAGGCAUUCGUACAUGGUUGUGUUUCAAUGUCUGUCUGUGCAGAUGGCUCUGGGACUGAGGCGAGGUUCACGGCUCCAUCGAGCAUCGCAGUUGCCCACGAUGGGAAGGUGCUGGUGACCACCACGGAACCGCCCCGAGGUGCCCUGAGGGUGUUGUCGGUGGAUGAGGGUGUGACGACGACGACAGUGAGGGCCGCCACCGGAGGGCUGGCCAUCCACAAAGGUAAGGAAGGAUGUAGGCAGUACACAGACACACAAGCAGGCAGGAAGGAUAGAUAAGUCGGUCACUGAUGGGUGAGUGGGUGUAUGUGUCGGGGGCUCAGUUGUCGAGGCCAUGGUGGUCAUUCGUCCUCGCAGGACAUCAGUGUCGAGCAUUUUCGCGGACCGUGUCGUCCUCAAGUCCUCCGACGGCAGCCUUUACCUGUCCUCCUGGAAUGGUGAGCGUCAAGACAGUCAGUGAUCCCUGUCAGUCAUACACAUGACUUGACUGCUAUGGCCUGGUCUCUGCUUAGGGUCGGCGCCGACUGAGCCCAUCAUGGUUCGGGACGGCGUGUCUGUGCGUCUGCCCGCAUCCGACACUGACCACAAGGGCCGCAUUAUCUUCCUCGACGACCAGGGGAGACUGAUGGCCGGCACUCUCAUGCGCGACGCAAGGGACGGCGGCCUGCACUUCCGCCUCGACACACUCGCCCAACGAUCCCAACUGGCGGCCGCAGGCGUCGACACUGCACAUAUGGCCAUACCGUCAAGUGGCCCCGGGUCGCGGCCCAGCACGAGUCGGUGGGUGAGCGAGGCGAUAGUGCUGGGGAAGAGCGGCGAGGCAGUGUACUUGGUGAGCAGCCAGCAGGAGACCCUCUGGCGGGUGGACUUGCGUGACAACAUCCCCGCGUCCCACCGGGUGCUCGCCCUGUUGGAUCUGCCGCAGCGGCUCAACCUGCCGUCGAUGAAUGUGCACCUGACCGUCAACUCGGCCAGCGGCGACAUUUUCCUCGCUGCAGUGCACCGCGAGGACGGGUCGUGCGCCAUUCACCGCAUCAAGGAGGACGCCCAAUGCGGCGCGUCAUGCGACGUCGAGGGGCCGACGUCCUUCAUGGAGAAGAUGCUGACGAGUGGGCCCUUCAGUGACGUCCGCUUUGUGCUCAACAACGGCGGGGAGCUGCACGCACACCGCUCUGUGCUGGCGCUGAGAAGUGACUACUUCGCUCGCAUGUUCACCAGCGGUGAGUGAGGUGGUGGGUCUUCACACGAGCGCAUGGAGUGGCCGUUUGUGUCGUUUGUGUGUUGGUGUAGGGUUCUGCGAGGGUCAGGGCGACGAGACCGUCAUCGAGAUCACGGAGAGCAGGCCAGCCGUCGAGUCCCUGCUACGCUUCAUGUACAAGGGGACCCUCGAGCUCUCAGCCCCCGACGCACACCCAGACGCGCCGUCAGCCGAUGUGUUCGAGGUGUACUGCCUGGCCCACCGGUAUGACCUCAAGGGCCUCAUGACGCUGUGCCUCAACUACAUCCGCCACCGGUUCAACAAACACGAGGUACUGCAGCCACGUGGGCUGCAUGUCGACGAAUUUAAUUCGGAGGGCGACGCGGCCAUGGGGAGCCAGCAUGACGUGUUCCCCCGCCCCUGCCCGACGGCCUGCCGUGAGUGGAUCGCUGGUGGCAGGAGGGAGAGGCAUCACGAGCAGGACAAAGGGGACCCAUUCGGCGAAGCUGUUGACCUGUAAGUCAGGAACGGCCCUACUCACGAAGAGGCGAGACAGCGCCCUGUGCUGGUGUUUUGCCUUGGCCGCCCUCAGGUGUCUGCGUGCGCACCAGCAUGGGUUUGAUGAGAUAGUGGAGUUCUUCGUCAAGUGGCUCCAUCGUCACUUCUCCCGCGUCCCCGAGGCGGCCUUUGAGCGUCUACAGGCAGCGCCAUCCGUGCUGCUGCAGCUCAUCAAGCGGCUUCAGAACCAGCCGAAGCCGCUACACACACACCACAGCAGCACCAGCAGCCGCCACUGGUCCGCAACCUCCCCUGGAGCCUGGCGGCCGUCUCUGCCGACUGGCAGCCACCGCAGGGCUUCCAACAACGAGAUGAUGCCACCAUUGCGGCCGUUCCGUGCCGACCAACUGGGCGAUGAUGACGACGAGAGCGCCCCCAUGGUGCGGACUUCGCGGACGCUGCGGCGUGUGAGGCCGUCCUCCUCGCUGUCUUCAUCGGACGUGUCGCCUACCAACAGCAAUGUAUGGGUGUCGGGUCCGUCUGCUGAUCUCUUUGUGGGUGUCGGCAUGGGGCUGGGGAACGCUGGCGGGCAGCCGCAGGGGCGGCCGAGGUCUGCCAGGGAGAGGGGGGGCGGGGAUGAGGACCGAGACGAGUCGGUGUCAUCACGCAGAGCCGACAUGUGAGGCAAAGGAGGAGAGGUCGACCUCACCAGGCGGAAACGGUCGGCCUUUUCUUCCGCAACUUUUUGGACAGCGGUGACUGUGGCUGGUGUUCUGUGAAAGUGUGUGACGUGUACUGAGGGAGGGGAUGGAACAAGGUGGGCCGUCAGCCCCCCUGACACCGAUGCGUUGCCGGCGUUGCUGGUGGGGCUCUCGUCUGUGCUGUGCUGAUGCCGAACUUUCCCUCGCAGUAAGUAGCGUCGCUACUGGACCAGUGUGUCUGCAAGCACGGAGAGGGAUGGGUAGCAGAGGGACAGAAUGACAGGCCCUCUCCGUGGGCUACUCCAUGGGCUUUGGUGGACGCAGAUUGCAUGCAAAUGUGAUGGAUGCAUAUAUGUGUGGAUGGGAUGACUCACACACAGGUGCAAUGUCAGUCAUCGGCAUAGUGUCAG